GCCAGGCCCAGUACACAGAGAGACAGAUAAGGAUGGAGUUUGAGAAACUUCAGCAGUUCCUAAAAGAUGAAGAGGCAGCCAGGAUCACUGCACUGAGGGAGGAAGAGGAGCAGAAGAGUCAGAUGAUGAAAGAGAAGAUUGAGAAGAUGACAGAAGAGAUAUCAUCCCUUUCAGAACAGAUCAGAGCCAUAAAACAGGAGCUGGGAGCUGAAGAUGUCUCAUUCCUGCAGAAGUACAAGGACACACAAAACAGAGCCCAGUGCACCCUGGGGGAUCCAGAGAAGGCUUCAGGAGCGCUGAUUGAUGUGGCCAAGCACCUGGGCAAUCUGAAGUACAGAGUGUGGGAGAAGAUGCUGGGGACUGUUCAAUACACUCCUGUGACUCUGGACCCGAACACAGCACAUCCUGAACUCUCACUGUCUGAGGAUCUGACCAGUGUGAGCCGCAGUUUUGAGAGACAGCAGGUUCCUGAUAAUCCAGAGAGAUUUAAUGAGCAGUGUUGGGUGCUGGGCUCUGAGGGAUUCAGCUCAGGGAGACACUGCUGGGAUGUAGAAGUGGGGGGUGAGGGCUGGUGGGUGGGUGUGGUUAAAGAGUCCAUCAGCAGGAAAAGGGGUGUGUAUCUGAGCCCAGCAGGAGGAGUGUGGGGUAUAGGGCUUUUCAGGGGGAAAAAUAUAGCCAUGACCUCCCCAUCUAAAGCCCUCAACGUGCAGAGGAAACUCCAGAGGGUCAGAGUGCAGCUGGACUGGGACAGGGGGGAGGUGUCAUUCUCUGACCCCAGUGACAACACUCCUCUCUACACUUUUAAACACUCCUUCACUGAGAGACUGUUUCCAUUCUUUACUACUCUGGGGACUGUGCAGAUCUGUCCACUGAAGGUGUCUGUAAGUGUAAAAUAGCACUGUGGCAUUGUUGGUAAACAUCAGCUGAAAUCAAAGGGCUGUAUUUAUUCAACAAAUGUCAUGAACAAAAACAUGUCAUUCACAAAAUAUUGUCUAUUAUUUUUUACAUUACAGUACCUUACAAGGCAUUUAGCAGAUGCUCUUAUCCAGAGCGACAUAUAAUGAAGUGCAGAUUGAACACAGGAACUAGUGUGAAGAGGACCUGAGAGGACAGUACGGUUCCGAGUCCUAGAGUGACCAUAUAGAUACAAUCGGAACCCUUGAAGAGUACAACAACUUACCAAUUAGCCUACCACAGUUGGCAGCUAGAAUACCCCCAGUACACAAUACAAUAGCUAAUACAAUACAACACAAAGAUGUCCAUAUAUAACUAUAUAAGUGCCAUUAUAGUCUAUGGCAUAUACAAGGCUAAUCAUGGUGGUGAGUUGGGGAUGGAAAAGUGUAGCCUGAAGAGAUGAGUUUUCAGUCUGCGUUUGAAGGAGGUCAGAGACUCUGCUGUUCUGACAUCCACAGGGACGUUAUUCCACCACCGUGGGACCAGGACAGACAGCAGUCGUGAGAGGGAAGUGCAGGUGUGGCAAGGGGGAGGCGCCAGGCAGCCCGAAGUGGCGGAACAGAGGGGUCUGGUGUAAAUGUCUUGAUAAGUGAUUGAAUAUAUACUGGGGCUGAUCCCUUAACUGCCUGGUACGUAAGCACCAAAGUUUUUGGUUUUUGAUGCGAGCCAUAACAGGCAGCCAGUGGAGGUUGCUGAGCAGGGGGGUGAC